UCGAGCCCCCGGUCAGCAGUUGCUCUCUUGGAUGCAGCGGGUCAGCAGCAGUUUGUCCAACGGGAGCCGGGCGACAUCCAGGAGCCCCAGCGUAGCCCUCGCUGGACGGAGCCAGGUGGCCACACUGCCGGUGCAGCUGCUGAGGGACAACCCGGCUGCUGUGCAGGACCAUGGCCGGGCUGAAGACAAUUUUCAAAUGAAGAUGGACGCGCAGGGCUUCGCCCCUGAGGAGCUGGUGGUGCAGGUGACCGGCCAGAACCUGAUGGUGACGGGCCAGCGGCAGCGGGAGUAUGGCAACCCAGCCAUGGGCGGUUACCGCAUGGAGCAGAAGGUGCAGCGGCAAAUGCAGCUACCGCGGGACCUGGAUCCCGCAGCCAUGACCUGCUGCCUGACCCCCUCCGGCCAGCUGUGGGUCCGAGGCCAGUGCGGGUCACUGCCUCCCCUUGACACCCAAGCAGGUCCGUCCCCGCCAAGACUCCGGGGCCACAGCCCUAAGAAGGGUCCCAACUUAGCCUGAUCUAGUAAACCACCACC